AUGACACACCAGACGUCCAACGACAACAACCCCAAAUGCCACCUCUUCCGCCUGCCACCCGAAAUCCGCAACGAAAUCUACCACCUCGUUUUCACCCCUCAAGAAUCAAUCUGCCUCAGCCCAAUCCUCCACUGCGGCACCCACCACGGCGCCCCCAAACGCUUCAAAGUCCCCGCCCUCCUGCGAACCAGCCGCCAAAUCCGGCACGAAGCCGCGGGUCUCUUCUACUCCAAGACGACCUUCAUCUGCCACUCCUCAGCCUCGACGUUCGCGCAGUGUCUCAAGAUCAUCGAUAAGGAGCAUCUGAAGUUCUUUCGCAAGAUCGAGUAUCGGACGUAUGAGAAUGUUUGGUCGGCGAGGCUUUGGCUGCAGGUUGUGGCGGAUUUGUUGGGGGAGAGGGGAGGUUGUUUGGGGACGGGGUUAUAA